UGAAGCCCAAUAUAUAUACCGGUACUCCAUACCUUAAGCAUGGACGUAGGAAGAUGGUUCCCGAAGUCCGCAAGCCGAGGCUUCUCCAAGCAAUGGUUCUGCGGGGAGACGGCAUCAGAGGGCCUCGAUGGGAAUGGUGCUGAUGGUGCCAUCUCCAGAUCAGUCUUCGCUUUAUCUGCAAGUACUCGGUAGUCGGUAGUCGUUUAGCUGCGACCUGUGAAUCUUGAGACCACAUUCGGUGAAUUGGGUGUUGGCACCUCUAGGAGGCUCGUUUGAUUUCGAGGUAGCUAUUCUUCGAGUACCUGCGCAUCUCAGCAGCUUGUUCUGCACAUCCCCUCAAUCGCAAGCCUGCGAUGCCGACCAAUUCAUCCUUUCCGGACAUCCAAAUUCCCAAUGUCGACCUCUGGGGUUUGAUGUUUGAACAGCCUCGAGAUUUCCCUGACUCACAAGUGAUAUAUCGUUCUGUUGAUGGAUCUCGACACUACACCUGGGCCGAUGUCAAAGAAGGUGCAACGGCAUUUGGCGGUGGCCUUCGAAACUUAUGGGAUUGGCAAAGGGGCGAUGUCCUCAACAUCUUCGCACCAAACGAUGUCGACUUUGCUGCUAUUGUCUAUGGAGUGUUCUAUGCCGGAGGCAUUGUAUCACCCGCCAAUCCAGGCUACUCCGCCGACGAGCUGUCCUUCCAGCUGACCAACUCCGAGUCGAAAGCAAUCGUCACAACAGUCGAUUUCCUGCAGACAGCGCUGAAAGCGGCCAAGAAGUCCAAUAUUCCGGAGGAUCGAGUCAUCUUGCUGGGCCAAGGCCGUGACCCCAGUCACCGAUGCAAGCAUUGGACAAAUAUCCGCAAAACGAGCGGAUCAACUCGAUAUCGACGACGCAAGAUGGAUCCAGACAAAGACCUCGCCUUCUUGGUAUAUAGCUCUGGAACCACUGGUCUACCCAAGGGCGUCAUGCUAAGCCAUCGGAAUAUCAUUGCUGAUCUCUUGAUGAUCAAGUCGGCUAUGGGGAAGUGGUAUUCCAGUGGGCAGGAUAGGAUCCUCGGAGUGUUGCCUUUCUACCACAUCUACGGAUUGACUGGACUUGUACAGCAGCCGUUGCACAGAGGAAUCGAACUUGUGGUGAUGCCGGCCUUCAACCUCGAAGUGUUCUUGAAGGCUGUUCAAGAGCACAAGAUCACGUUCAUUUACGUGGCUCCCCCAGUGAUUGUUCGAUUGGCUCGCGAUCCGCUUGUGGAUCAGUAUGAUCUCAGCAGCAUCAGGAUGAUCACCAGCGGUGCAGCGCCUUUGACGCGGGAACUGGUUGAUGCUGUGCACAAGAGACUGAAGAUCAAGAUCAAUCAGGCAUAUGGUCUGAGCGAAACUAGCCCAAUGACCCACACACAGCCCUGGGACGAAUGGUAUACGUCGGUCGGCAGUGUAGGCAAGAUGUUCCCCAGUAUGAAAGCGAAGUACAUGUCGCCAGAUGGCGAUGAACUCGGACCUGGCCAGACAGGAGAACUAUGGUUGUCUGGACCGAACGUCUUCAAGGGGUACUGGAAGAACGAAGCAGCCACCAAAGAAGCCAUUACGCCGGAGGGAUAUUUCAAGACAGGAGAUGUUGGUUUUCAGGACAAGGAUCACAAUUUCUACAUUACCGACCGGGUCAAAGAACUGAUCAAGUAUAAGGGAUUCCAAGUUGCUCCAGCCGAAUUGGAGGGCAAAUUGAUGGAUCAUCCAUACAUCAACGAUGUAGCUGUGAUCGGAGUGAAUGAUGAUCAUCAGCAUACAGAAGUGCCUCGGGCUUAUGUGGUGGCCGCUGAAGGAAAGAACGGUGAGAAAGAAGCAGAAGAGAUUGUCAAGUGGCUAGAAGAUAAAGUGGCCAACCACAAGAGACUGAGGGGCGGCGUGAGGUUUAUCGACGAAAUUCCCAAGAGCGCAGCAGGCAAGAUAUUGCGACGGAUAUUGAAAGACAAGGCCCAGGAGGAGGUUUCGAGGAACAUCAAAGCCAAGCUAUGAAAUGGAAUGUCUUUGUUGUCAUCACUCGGGCCCUACGUGGAUAGUUGCUGCCACAUUAGGUGUCUAUCUCUAGCCUUCCAGUGAAGGGAUGCCACCUAAAGUCUCCGUGGAGGCUACCUGAAAGGGCCCCGAGCAGACGAGAGCCAACCCACAUCAUGCCUAUCAAGUCAACCUGCAUAGGCGCCAAAGUCAAACCGAGACAAGCAAUGAUACCAA